GAAUCUUAAAAACAUGAUUGUGUAUGUUGACGUGACAGGAGGAGUAGGAAAAAUAGUGACACCUCACGUUGUUACGUUACUAGAAUAACAAUGUCACCACGAAGUGCUUCUCAAUGAAGCAGAUGAGUGACAGUGACAAUUAUUACCCAGAGACUACUGAUUCAGUAGUAGAGCACAAUAAUAGCCUAGUCUAAGGAGAAGAAUGGCCUGUGAUAACUGUCCAUGGAAGUACUACAAGUCUACACCCUGUCACUGUACAUUAGAUCUUGCCACUCGCAAGAAAUUGUUUAGGAGGAAUCUCUAUAGUAAUAACGUAAUGAUUUUAUAUAUAGCUUUGUUACAUGUGUGUCUGUUUGUGAAUUGUGAGGCCCUUGGUGAGAAUGAGGCACCCAAACGAUCGUACUUAACCUUAUCGGACGCUAAGCUGGAUGCUGUAAUCCCUCCGACUGAGAAUUUAGAUGUAAGACCCACCAGUCCUUUUGAUUCAGUUCGUGAAAGAAGUUCCUCAACAAAUGCAAGCCUAAAGCACCUGGUGAAACGUCAGGCACCUGAGGAGACGGUGAAUCCAAAGGGAGACCCUAAGAAAGCAGCAGAUGAUAGUUUGCCCCCUUCCGCUUCAAACAAGUCUGCAAACGAUGAUUCAGAGUCUGUAAUUCAAGAAUCCAAACAGUUGGACUCUGAAGUUGUAGAUGACCCCCCUGCAGUGAACACCACUCCUAAAAUUAAAGUUUCCAAUGAAUCCAGUGUUACAGGACAAGCAACUGAAGAUUCUGAAGAUGAUGAACUGGGUCUUGGUCCUCCCAGCGGAUUAAAACCAGAUGCUAUUUUAAGGCUGUUUUAUGUGUUGUUGUGUAGGAGUUGUUGUACUUAUAUACAUUCUCAUCAAAUUUUUAAGGUUUAGGAGAAAACGAGCUACAAGAAAAUAUCGUGUCCUGUCACACACAGAUGAGCAGGAAAUGUUUCCUCUAGCUGCAGAUGAUGGUGAUGAUGAAGAAAUAUUUAAUGCAGCAGAUCAUCAGACUCUUAAAUGAAUCUCCAUUGUUGUUAAUUUAUUGAUUAUUUUUAUUCACUGUAUGCUGUCUACUAUGUAUAUAGUGUACUGUAUGAUUAGUGUUCUUUUUGAAGUUUGAUAUGCAAUGAACUUUUGUGUGAUCCUGUUAUUAAGAUGGAUAUAAUUGUUACAGUUUUCCAGUCUCAUUGUAAUGAUCCUGAUUUGUACUAUUUUCUUUUAUUUGUGAUGAGUGAUACAAUUUCCGAUUUUGAUUUUCAUUUGUAAUUAUAAAAUGGAAAUAAUUCUGCCUUAUUCAGCUUUGGGAGUGAAAGACUGGUGGAAGGAAGACUUGUGUAUACUUGCUAAACUGCUUAUGUGUUUGUCAGCUUGCAGUAAGGCUUGAGUUAAUUGUUCUUCCAUAUAAUGUAAACUAUCUCAUAGUGGAACUUGUUGUUUAUCCUAAUAUACAUAAGAUACAAAUACUAA